ACGUCCAAUAUUUACGUAAUUCUGCGUGCGAUAAUAUUGUUUACAAAUAUUAAUUAAUAAUAGUUAUUGACCCGAAGCAAUAUUUUGAUGACAUAAGGUAUUAUUGAGCAACGCCUCCCCCCCUAAGGUUAAGGCUAUUUUUAGCUGCGCCGGCUCGCCUUUAUAAAGGGUGUUGAGUGGCCCGUGCUCUAUUCGCUACUGAACUCGUUUGCUCGAAUAAAGAUAGUCUUCGUAUUUGGAGAGGAGACUUAUCGAGCGCUCCGGUGGAGUGAAGCAGAACCUCGGAGCCAGCCUCCGUUUUAGAUUUCUUCCAACCGAGAAUUUUCAUACCUCGGCGUAUUCACCGGCCUCGCCUAGAAGCCACUACCGGGAGAGGAUAGCGCACAGCGGCGCCGCUCCCAGCAAUGAUGGCGGCGGGCUCGGUGCCCAACGAGAACCUCCCCACGUACAAGCUGGUGGUGGUGGGCGACGGCGGCGUGGGCAAGAGCGCCCUCACCAUCCAGUUCUUUCAGAAGAUCUUCGUGGCCGACUACGACCCGACCAUCGAGGACUCGUACCUCAAGCACACGGAGAUCGACGGCCAGUGGGCCAUCCUUGACGUGCUGGACACAGCCGGACAGGAGGAGUUCAGCGCCAUGCGCGAGCAGUACAUGCGCACGGGCGACGGCUUCCUCAUCGUCUACUCGGUCACUGACCGCACCAGCUUCGAGCACAUCGACAAGUUCCACCAGCUCAUCCUGCGCGUCAAGGACAAGGACUCGUUCCCCAUGGUGCUGGUGGCUAACAAGGUGGACCUGCUGCAUCUUCGCAAGAUCUCCUCCGAGCAGGGUCGCGACAUGGCGGCCAAGUACAACAUCCCGUACAUCGAGACGAGCGCCAAGGACCCGCCGCUGAAUGUCGACCAGGCCUUCCACGAGCUCGUGCGAGUCAUCCGGGAGCAGGUUCCAGAGAAGAAGAACAAGAAGAGGGAGAAGUGGCGGAGAGAGAGAACUCCCAGCGUGCAGUGCCAUUGCAUGCUCAUGUGACGCCCUCAUUCCUCCGUGCACCCGUACACAUCUGGCACACGCACGCACAGACGCGUGUGCAAUCGCAUUGUUGUGGUCAGCCUUGUCAGGACUCAUUUCCCAUCUGCCCCGUUCCCCACUGAGGCCAAUAUCGCCCAUGAUACCAAACCCCGUCCCCUCCCAUUACAGUACGCCACGUCUUCGCGAUGAGGCUGCGAAGCGCGGAUUUGUUUCAGCGGGGUUUGUGAAAUGUAAAGAGGGCGGGCGGGCUGGCUGGCUGGCGGGCUGGCGGGUGGGCUGGCGGGCGCUCGCAAUUGCGGCGAUCGUGGUGGGUGUACGCGAAAGUGGUGGGCGUAAUCGACGCGCGGACGAACCUGUGGACGGCACGAGCGUCGGCGGUUGAGUCUGGUUCUGGGGGUGGGGGGGGCAAACGCGUGGCGCAGGGUUUGGGAGACUGUGGCGUGGGCUAUCCAGUGUGUGCAGCCCCAUGGGUCGAUGGGUUGGACGCCUAGGCACCGGGCUUUGUAGAAGAGAUUUAAUUUCGUUGCAGCGGGGGGGGGGGGGGGGGGGGGCGUGCCCGUGCUAAUCAUGGUUGGCGACUAGCGAAAGAUCGCGAUGGCUUGCGGGGUACGCACCUCCUUCUCAAGCGCCUUUCUACGCUACUCAGCGACGUGCAUUUGCCCACCCCCGUUAACUUAUCGUUUUGAAACGUGGCAAGUAAUUGUACUUUUACCAUUGCAAUGAUUUUUCUGCGAGCCAUUGCAAGGAUUUUUUUGCGAGCAGCGCACUUUCGUGUUGUUAUUCGAUGCCGUGUUGGGAGGGCAUGGAGAGAAAGCCUCAGUGGCGAGAAACGGUUUGUUUUGAGAAUCGUGUGUAGAAUGUGAUUGUGUCGUAAUUUGUUUCGUAGUUGAAUUGUCCUUUUUACAUGAACAACACUAAACAGUGCCUCCUGAAAAGAGCUGCUUCACCAACGUCACAUGAAUGACCGGUGAUGUUCAGACUGAAGGUAUUGAGUUUGUGUUGAGAAAUCCCCAACUCCCUUUGCGACUCAAUAUUAGCCAAGACAUUGGAAAACCUUUUUUUUUUGCCAAAACCAGGUGGGGCAGAGCGAAUGUUAAAUAUGUGAUGCCUUUUUUGUAAGUCCAGUAUAUACCGUUGUGUUUCAAUAUCGUGCCACCAAUCCCAUCGUUUGGGCAGAGUGUUUGGCGCAGUGGUUAAUUGCAUAUCGUUUUCAGCCUGGCAAGCAGAGUUCGUUUCCUGGCAAUUCGAUGGUGAAUGAUAUCUGACCCCAGUCCACACCAGCCAGUAUUAUGAAGUAGAGGUCGUUCAAGCAAUGACCAACAACAUGGCGUGGGGGAGGCCUCAUCCAGCAGUGGGUUGACAACGGUCUCUAAAAAUACAUCAAAAUGUAAAAGAUGCCCCAAGUUUGAUUCCUAGCCAUAACCAAUUAGCCAGGCGUUGGUGGCCUUUUAAUCUUGACGUGAGGGUUGGUGGGGCUCUCACGAACUCCAGAGGUGGGGGGGGACGUCGAUGUGCUGCUAUACCUUGGCGUUGUCAGGAGAAUGCGGUACAGCAAAAAAUGUGGACUCCACAGGUUUAAGUCCGUGUGGGAUAGAGCGUUUCCCCCUUGAGUGCGUGGGUUUUCUCCAAGCGCUCUGGUUUCUUCCCCCAUGUAAACCACUCAUUAAUUGGCCAAUAACACCUUGACAUAGAGGAUCGCAGAGCUUGGGCAAUCGUUGGCACCUGCUCUCCACGUGGUCGCCUUACCGCUACUGCGGCUGCGUGCGUUACAAGUUGAAAUGGAAAAAAAUUCUCAACUUAUUCGAAUGUCCGUGGCCAGCGAUAUCUGAACCGGUUCUGGGCCCCUCCUUCACCCCGCACUGAGCUGCGCGGUGAAGUAUGGUCGAACAAAUUCCCACGGUCGACACGGCGGUGGGGAAAGGGGGCCCCUUCGCACAGUGGGAUUGGCAAAAGGCUGUGAGAUGAAUACAAAAUAGGAAGCUAUUUGAAAGUUUGGUUAUUCGCCACCCUUUGUCAAAGAGGUUAGCCGUGCCUCACAAAGUUCUCCGUUUGCUAAGUGAAGGACUUUUACAUUGAAUGUAAACGUUUAGGAGGGCGACUGCUGUGCAGAGGUGUGGACUCGAGUCAUGUGACUUGGACUCGAGUCAGACUCGAGUCAUGAAUUUGAUGACUUCAGACUCGACUUGGACUUGCAUAACAAUGACUUAGUCCCACCUCUGAGGUGUGGACUCGAGUCAUGUGACUUGGACUCGAGUCAGACUCGAGUCAUGAAUUUGAUGACUUCAGACUCGACUUGGACUUGCAUAACAAUGACUUUGUCCCACCUCUGAGGUGUGGACUCGAGUCAUGUGACUUGGACUCGAGUCAGACUCGAGUCAUGAAUUUGAUGACUUCAGACUCGACUUGGACUUGCAUAACAAUGACUUUGUCCCACCUCUGCUGCUGUGUGUAGGGUCUGCGUGGCCCAAUCAGCUUCUUCACUCUCCGAUCUUGUAAACCACUGCAGCCUGUUCACCGUUGAACACAAGUCGGUCGGUUGUGGCAGUAAUCACUACAUGCAGGGCAAAAUGCAUUUGCUGUCUAAGGAGUUUUAACAAUAAACGAAAGGUGAAUUUG